CAUGGCGCAGCUCACGGCCUUCACCCGGUGGAGGGGUACCCGAGGCCUCCCCGUGUACACGGCUUGCCAUGGUAUCGACGAUAUUGCAGACGGUGUCAGGGAGGGCACGCCGGCACGCCGUGCCACCAAGAGGGGAAGGCCAAAGGGCGACAAUGCCGCCAAGGGCAAACGGAAGAUGUCAAGGUACUGCACCUGCGACGGCAGCGCAAGCGAGAGCGCGGAAGAUCCCUUGGAGAUGGAGGAGAACUAUGAGCCCAGGCCACAGCCCGUGUCUCACCAGACGACCACGAAGAUGGGGAGGCUCAUGAGCCAGGCCGCACGCCGGAUGUCGCUGUCGCCAGUGAGCCACAAAGCCGAUCCUCAGGCGAAUGCAGGUGUGACGAUGACAAGGUGCACCGGGGCUGCUGCUGCUGAUCAUACCACCGCUGCUCCUUCAGUGAAGCCGCAGAAUGGUGGCCUCAACAAGGAUGAGCCUUUGCUGACUGGGCUGUCGCUGAACUUCAGCGGCCCGGACACCAUCCCUCCGGCGAGUGACCUCGUCAAGAUCUUCAGCAAGUUUGGGCCUGUGGUGGAAGUCAGGCCAGAAGGUUUGACGGUCUCCAUGGUGAUCUUCAAGAGGAAAUUGGAUGCCGAGGCGGCAUUUUCAAGCACGCCGAAGAUCCGUGCCCUGGACCCAAAUCUGGUCAGCUACCGCCUCGCCUACUCGCUGCCGGCUCCUAUGCCGGUUGAUUCUCCACAGAGCCCAAUGAACACCGAUGAAAUGGAUCACCUAUUUGUUGAUGAUGAUGAAGCUCUUCAGUAGCCUGACUACUAUGGGUUUUGUUUUGGGGGAUCACUCAGGUUAUUUCGGAUAGCAGGAGGCAAUGAAAGAGUUUACAUGUUCAAAUCAAGCAAGCAAGUUUUGAAGUAUCUAUGAUAGACUGUAGCAGGGAAAAGUUCAGGAACUAUUGUCAGUUAUGUUGUAUCCAUGUGGACUGGUAGCUUCCAGCAGUUACACCUUUUUUGCUUGUCUUCUACAAAGUGUUGUUUGAUGACUAUGUUCGUGAGUUUUAUCUUUGAUGCAAAGACAUCUGAAUUGAUGAUGCUUUUUAUCUAUCUAUCUAUCUAUAUAUCUGGAUUUUGGAUUCA